CACUCGCAGCAAUAAUUCAUAUAUUUUUAUUAUCAUUAUUGUAUUUAUCUCAUCAUAACCUUAAAAACAAUAGACUAAAAAAUAUACAAAGUGUUGGAUAAUCCAGGUGACAGUUAAAUUAAAAAUUAAAUAACAAUAUAAAUAAAUAAUUGUAUCAAGUUUUUUAAUAACAAACUUAUAAUAAAAGAUGGCGGAUCGUUUGACACAAUUGCAAGAUACAAUAAAUCAACAAGCAGAACACUUUUGUAACAGCGUGGGAAUUCUCCAGCAGUACUCGACUCCAAGUAAAUUCCCAGGAUUUGAUCGGAUAGGAACACCCCAACCCCAUCAACCACAAGAAGACUACGCAGCUCUGUUUGCUACCCUGAUAGCAAGAUGUGCCAAGGACAUUGACACGCUGAUAGAAAGUCUACCCAGUGAAGAAUCUUCUCACGAGCUCCAGAUUGCCAGCCUCAGUCGCCUAGAGCAAGAGAAUCUGGAGGCCGGGGAGCAGUUGGAGGAAGUGGUGCGCCAAGGUGAAGCUCUAUUACAACGUAUUCAAGCCGCACUUCAGGAUAUUGCGCAAAGUCAGCUAGACAUGCAAAAUCCAAUAGCACCCGCCACAAUUUCAUCAUCAUUAAAUACAAAUUUAAAUGUCACACAACAAUUUCAAGAUACUUUUAGUGUUAAUUCUGUUUCUGGAAACAGUAACACUAAUUCACAUUCAACUCUCACGCCUGAUCAAUCAUCAGCUACAAUCAAUCAAUAAAUCAUUUAAGUUCAAUGCACUGUAAAAAAGUCGAGAGUGAAUUCGGAUUUUACUCAAUUUCGUAUUCAUUCUGAUUCGGAAUUCCGGAGUUUUAAAAAAAAUUACUCCGCAAAUGCAGGAAAUAAGGAGUUUAUUUUUUUUAGCAGAGUGAAUUUGGAUCUGGAUUUUAUUUAAAUCCGUAUUCACUCCGAUUUAGAGUUUUAAAAUUAUAAUAAAUUCCCUGUAGGAGUGAAUUUCACUCCAAGAGAAUUAAAUAAUUAGUCUAGGCUCCGAAUUCACUCCGGAUUUAAUCUGCAUUCACUCCGAAAAUAUUUUAGUGUGUAAAUAAUCUUGAGCAUUGAAAUUAAAUAUUUCUAAUAUCAUA